AUGCGUUUUCACAGAGCUGCUCAUUCAAGUGAGAAACUACCUCAACAUCCUACGAAAAGGAAGCGUCCAGAUACCGACAAUACAGCUGAGAAAGCAAGCCGGCAAGGAGACACAGGAAUUCAGAAGAAGAGGCUUUCACCUAGAGAGGCAAAACGCAACAAAGCGGGGCCUCCACAUAAAACUGGACCACAUGAGAAACCGAAGCCUUCACAUAGACCUGAAAAACCCAAGAAUCCGACACAUAAACCUGAAAAACUUAAAGAUGCAAAGCCUAAACAUAAGCCUGAAAAACCCAAGAAUCCGAAGACUACACAUAAGCCUGCAAAGCCUAAAAAACCGGAGCCUCUACAUACACCUGCAAAAGCUAAGCAACGUACUCACAAACCUCCUUUAAAAACACCUCCUAAGCCCGGCCCGUCCACGAAGCCAACUGUUGGUAGACGCCCAAAGACGAAUGCUCCGCCUCGUCCUACUUCUCUGCCUAGAACCAAGCCUGUUCCUAGACCAGCUCCUCCAGAAACGAAAUCUUCUAAACCCAUUCCUCGUACUACUCCACCCUUUGUACCACCUUUGCCUGAAAGUACUGCACAAUACACAAGUCGAAGUUUGGCGACUGCUACUGGUGGAGGAUUUGACUCAACGAUGGAGGGCAAUGAGUAA